AUGUUAGAUUUGGAAGUUAAGUCUGAAGGCUUUCUUUCUUCUUCGAGUGAAAUACAGCGGACUCAAUUUCAAUAUAAGGGUGGUGCACCUUCAUAUGAAGAGGAUGAAAGAAGCGACGCCUCUGAUGGUGAAGAUGAAGAUAGUGCACCACUUGACAACAUGCAAUUUGUGGGUGAAGAUGAUGAAGAGAAUCCGGAUUGGCCAGAUGAAGCUUAUGCUAAUAAUGAAUAUGUUGAGCAAGGUCGGGCAGAGGGGAAUGAAUCUGAUUACGCAUGUCCUUGGAAGUUAUAUGCAUUUGCCGGAAAGAAACAUAAUGGGUAUUUUAGGAUCACAAAAUACUGCAGUGUUCACACAUGUAACAAUCCAAUGUUCGAGAGAGACCACAGUGGUGCCUCCGCCUCUUACAUAGCUCGGUUGAUUAUGCCAAGAUUAAAGAAGAAGCUUGAACUAAGGCCCGAUGACAUAAUUGAGAGAGUGUCACAUGAUAAGUGGAUUGAAAUAUCGUAUAUCAAAGCGUGGAAUACAAGGAGAAUUGCAAUGACAAAAAUAUUUGGUGAUUGGGAGAAGUCUUACGCGACUCUGCCUCAAUAUCUUGAUGCGAUUAAAAGAAGCAAUCCUGGAUCUGAAUACAAACUCAUAACCAAAGAGGUCAAUCCGGGAGUUCAUAAAUUCACCUCUGUAUUUUGGGUAUUUGGUCCUUCGAUCGAGGGAUUUAAAUUUUGUCGGCCGAUCCUUAGCAUUGAUGGGACACACUUAUACGGUAAAUAUAAGGGUGUAUUACUUAUCGCUACAGGAGUAGAUGCAGAUGGAGGCUUAUUUCCUUUGGCCUUCGUAGUUGUAGAGGUCGAGAAUAGUGAAAAUUGGGAGUGGAUGAAAGGUAUUCCAAGAGCAUUGUACAGGAGAUUUGGCUCUGAUCACAAUCACCGCUAUUGCUUACUAUACAUUAGAGCUAAUUUUAAAAAGAGCUUUGGUCAAGUACAUCUACAAAACCUUCUUUGGCAAGCGGGUGUUACACCCGAAACGUGUGUGUAUGAUCGGAUACGGGAUCAAAUUAAGGCAACAUCUCCAGCUGCACAUGAUUGGAUUGAGAGUAUUGGGAAGCGCGAUUACGUCGACCGGUGGGCUCUAAGUAAAGAUGGAGGGAAUCGCUAUUGCAUGAUGACAACUAAUUGUUCUGAAAGCUUCAAUGGUGUACUUAAGGGGGCUCGAGCAAUGCCCAUACAGGCGUUGGUUGCGAGGACAUUUUAUAGACUAAAUAAGUAUUUUGUCAAGCGGCGAGAGGAUGGAGCAAAGUAG